AUGCGUCUGGACACCUUUGUGACCUCGGAGGAGGAGCAGAUCUUCUCUUGGGUCGCAGGCCGCUUGCCAAAGCACUUCAGCCGCGGCAAGCAGCAGUACCUGGAUGUUGCGCUCAGCGGCCUGAGGUACAGUGGCUAUGUCGAUGCGGUCGUGCAGCGAUGGGUUCUGGUAGUCGACGAGUACCUUCAGUGCCCGCAGGACUUCGUCCUGGUGCGUUACGAGGACUUCUCAUCCGAUCCUGUCCAAGAGACGCGAAAUCUCCUACAUGCGCUGGGAUUCGCUCACCUCUGGGGGCAGGGAGCGGAGGAGCGGGUCCGUCAAGUGGCAGAGGUGCAAUACCAGACAAAGGGCCAGCACGGCAGAAACCCCGAGGAGGUGUUUGGCCCUCGGAUGCUCGCCCGCCUGGUCGUUGCAGUCCAGACCCGGGCAGAGCUUUUGGGAUACGGGUCGCUGCUGCCAGCCGUCAAGGCCGUGCCCGAAGAUUGGCCGGCGAUUGAUGUGCCACCCACACCCGUGGUCUUCGAACUGCAUGCCGAAGAGCUCUGGGGUCCCGGGAAGCAGAUACCAGCGUUCGAGGUGGUGAAGGCGCCUGUGCCACCCCCUGCACCGGAAGCUGAGGAGACAAAGCGGCCAACUCCGGUGCCCCCCGACAUCACGUCGCUUAGGUUUCGUGCUGGUGACUGGAAGCCGGGACAGCCAGGUGGAGGCAAGCAGCCACCGCUGACAACAACUGGUGUUGCACCCUGGGCGUUCAAGGGAGGUGCUGGCUCCAAGCAGCCUCCGGUAACCGUCACAGGGGUGGCCCCCUGGGCGUUCAAGAAGGACGCCGCGCCGCCCCCGCCGCCACCAAAGCUGAACAGUUUGGAGGAGACUCCCGAGGAGGAGGAAGAGCAGAAGCCGGUAUCUGGGUUGGAUCGAGUGCACAA